AUGUGUAACGUUUGUACUCGUGAGGUCGCGCCCGCUCCGGAGCCGGCGACCGUCAAACAUAACAAAGCCAUCGAAAGACUCAAGAUGAAGCACAACAUCACCACUGACCCCACAGACGAGAAGAAACAAAAGGAAGUGGAGUACCAGCCUGAUCUCCUGGCUCUCUCCACCCAGUUCUCCAAGAUGGCCUAUGACAUCUUCAAGCAGAGUGUUGUUCGUCUCCAGGAAACGAAAGCCUACGCAAUCGCUACCAAAACAACACAGCCGUUCCACGUAGCGCUCGCAGUCCUAGUGGUGGUCGCUUGGAUUACGAGAUCCGGCACCAGCGCCAAUCUCCGAGGGUGGAGGGCCUUGUACGUGGGAGCUGUUGCUACUCACCUUGGCGCUCAGAUAUGGAUGACUUUGAUAUCUGGCAUCGUAUUAUACUUCUCUCUCCCUCGGCAUGAAUUCGGCCGCGUCCAGACCGUGCUGUUCCCGGUUUACUACGCGUUCAACUCGCUCGUCAGCCUGUUAGCUGUGCUUGCGUACUUCAGAACGCAAUGCCUAACACAAUUCGAAAACACAUCCUGGGUACAACUAGCGCUUCUGCUAGUCGUGUUCAGUAUAGAGGCGUACGUGCGCCUGUGGCUCGUAAGGCCGAUGCUCCGAGCCAAGCACGUCAAGACUCAGAUGGAGGAAGCAGCUGGAGGAGGACAAGAAGUUGGUCGCCUCAUUCUCGGUGAGCUGGCCCACUGUCCCCGCUACCUGCGUGUUCUCAAGACCUUCCGCGCAUACCACUCCUCCAUAGCCAUGGGCACCAUGAUCACCCUCGGCUGCUCUUUCUACUCCACCAUGAUCCUGGUGGACUCUAUGUGCCAUUAAGGUGUAGGAGUCAAAUAACUCAAGGGCUAGACCAUAUUAUUCAAGGCGGUCUCGAAAUACUAUUCGUAUUGAUUUUACCACUCUAAAGUUUUUAGGAUAUCCUUUAUAAUUCACAAUUCGAUACGGUUCAUUUCAUCAUUAAAAUAUGAUAAUAAGUAUUAAACGUAACGCUUGUUCCACUACUACAUCUAAGACAAACAGUCUUGUCUAAUACGUGUGCACGCCCUUAUAGCAACUUCGUGCAAAGUUGUCACAAAAUUUUCAAUUACUAUUGGCGAUCAAAUAGCAAUUUACCUAACAGUUUCUUUAACAUUCAUUUUUGUUCAUUCAUUUCAUUUACUUUUGAUAUUAUUUUUUCAAUCUAUGACACUAAAACUUUCUCACUGUGGAUUUAAAAAGUAUCAAGACUGUCAAUCGUCACUAUAGAUACGAAAACCAUGUACCAACUGAACAAAACACCACUAAAUAAAUUCAUCUUAGUACUUAUUAAUAUGUACAAGAUACACUUCAAAACCUAGUCCACUACAAUUAUUUAAAAAAAAAAAUCACUAUUAAUUGAGAAAAUUUAAGUGUAUAUUGAAACGAAUGCAAUCUUCAUUUAGUUCCAUGUCAGGCUGUGAGGUCUGUUUAAUAGGUUCUUUAUGUUAUUUAUAGUUUUUUAGGAAAAAGAGUAAAUUGAAGGUUAUGUGAGGCGCUGGUCGCACGUUUUCUUGAGAAACUAGUGUUGCUGCAAAGUAAUAACUAUUAUAUAUUUGCUGUAACACAAAUAAUUACAGACAUGGAUUUGACUUAAACAUAUCGUAAAUAUAAUGAUUAUUCUUGGAAUAAAAAUGAAAACUAAUUUACCUUCGAUUUUAUUACUGUUCAAAAGUUACUAGAGAAGUAAUAAAUCCAUGUCUAGUAUAAUUGCUUUUCUUAUUAAAUUAUAACAAAUGUUGAGCAAUGUUCGUUUAGUAUUUAAGAAUUUUUAGCCAGGUUCUAUCGAAGAAAUUGGCGAAUGUAUUCUUGCCACUAUUAAAUGUAUUUAUAGUUAAGAUAACGCCAGAACUAUCACAUACUGUUGAGUUUUUGUUAACCAAUAAAUUGUUUUUAUUGUGACGUAUGUUAGUGUUUAAAUAUUUCGAUAAUUUAAUACGCUAAAUGUACAUAUAUUUCGAUAAACUAUUGAUUUACAAAAAAUCGCCAAUGUGUGUUAGUAGGAGCGGCCGCAGCCGACCCAUCCUAAGCUGCUUGACGGUCUCGGAUUGUUUGCUUUCUCGAAUCUACUAUUAUUUGCAAUACUGCCAUAAGCUUUAGUGUGUAAAGUAGAGAUAAUUUAUGUACAGUAUGAACAUUUCGUGUGCAAUAAUCGUAAAAAGGCUGAAAGCAGCAUUUGCGAGGUCAGUGACUUCUUUAUUGCUACUCUGUAAAUCUCAGUUCUGCCGCGAGUUUAAUGAAUUUAUAGUGAACAUGAAACACAUUAAGCUUGCGCUAAUCGAUAGCAAUGAAUCGAAUGAGACAAAUGCUUACUGUGUGAGAUCUAGUCAGCAAUAAACGGAGUAUUAUCGUAAAUUCGCAGUAUUAUGUGCUUGUGCGUGUUGAAGAAACCGACCCUUAAUUUUAUUAUGAUUGCGUUCGGAAGCGAUCAAGCAGCUUAAACCGUAGCCUGGGGUUCGCAGAAUGUUAAAUUAAUUAAUUCUAGAUUUAUAGUAUAAUUUAAUGUUAAGGUCUGUAGCGUUAAAUAAAAUUAUUUUAAUGAUGAUCUGAAUGUUAACAUGUAAGGUAUUGUUAUUUAUUCGAGAGAAUGAUGGAAGUAUUAAAAUUUUUAAAUAAAUUGAUGAUAUUAAAA